UCGGAGCUUUCAUCCCUCCAGUCAACAUUUGAGACUCGAAGCAUUAAGAUCGGAAUAAAAUGAAUGAGUUUGGAGAGUUCCUGCUGCGACCGGAGGUCUAUGCGCCAAUAGGAACCAUUAUCGCAUUGUACCUUAUCAGGCACUAUGUACAGGGAAGGCAGUUCACUAAGAAAACGGAUGAAACUGGAAAGGUGGUGAUCGUGACUGGAUGCAAUACGGGAAUUGGUAAGGAAACUGUGUUGGAAUUAGCUCACCGAGGAGCCACCGUUUACAUGGCCUGUAGGAAUAUGGUCAAGUGCGAAGAGGCAAGGAAAGAAAUAAUUAAGGCCACUGGCAACCGCAAUAUAUUUUCGAGUCAGCUAGAUUUAUCUUCUAUGGCAUCGAUAAGAAGUUUCGCCACAAGAUUUAUGAGUGAAGAAAGUAAACUUCACAUUCUAAUUAACAACGCCGGCAUUAUGGACUGCCCUCGAAUGUUGACCAAGGAUGGCUUUGAAAUGCAAAUCGGAGUCAAUCACAUGGGUCACUUUCUACUGACACUCCUGCUCCUGGAUGUCCUGAAAGCCACUGCCCCCAGUAGAAUCGUGGUCGUAUCCAGUUUGGCUCACCGUUUCGGAACAAUCAAGCAACACGAUCUGAACAGUGAAAAGUCCUACAGCCGAAAAUUCGCAUACGCCCAGAGCAAACUGGCCAAUGUUUUGUUUACUCGGGAAUUGGCAAAAAGGCUCACAGGAUCAGGAGUCACAGUUAAUGCCUUACAUCCUGGCGUGGUAGAUACGGAACUCAUUAGAUACAUGAGAUUUUUUGGAUGGAAGAUCAUAAAAUUCAUUUCAAGGCCUGUUUAUUGGGUGUUUUUCAAGACUCCAAAGAGUGGAGCUCAAACCACCUUAUUUGCGGCGCUGGAUCCCAAAUUGGAAAAUGUUUCUGGACAAUACUUUAGUGAUUGUAAGCCCACAAGUGUAGGAUCUAACGCCAAAAACGAGAAAGUUGCAAAGUUUCUUUGGGAAGAGAGUGAGAAGUGGACUGGUAUGACGAGUCACAUAGUUUAAUACUCAAAACUUAAUAAUAAAAACUAAGUAAGCUUUUAUAAAAUAAAAUUUAAUUUCCCAAACGA